AUGAAUGACCAUGAAGAAGUGACAAAGUGACAAUCAAAUCAUCUGCGAACGAAUCGUUCUCUAGUUUUAAUAUUUUAUUUAUGACACCACCCAAGCUUUGAAAUACAAAUUUCUUGCCUUAGUUUGCAGUAUUAACCACUAUUUUAAUUCAAAUCACAUUUUUUACUGAAUGUUUGCUUCUGGAAGACAGACAACAUGCCUUUGGCGAAUUCCUCCGAUCCUUGGCGAAUGCAGAAUGUUGGUGAUAACAUGCGAGGCCUCAGCACCCAAUCAACGAACAGUCUUCCGAUGGUUGUUGAAAAUUUAGCUGAAUCCCGUCAAACUUCGACAACAGAAAGCCUUGAUUCAAGUGAUAUCAGUUAUGAACGUGAAGUGGAACUACAAGAUGUUGUCAAGGAGGGCCAUGAGAAGGCAGAUCCAUCACAAUUUGAAUUGCUCAAAGUCCUUGGUGAAGGUUCUUUUGGUAAAGUAUUUUUAGUAAGAAAAGUUAGUGGUGCUGAUACUGGAACUCUUUACGCUAUGAAGGUACUUAAGAAGGCUACAUUAAAAGUAAGAGAUCGCGAACGUACAAAAAUGGAGAGAAAUAUAUUAGUAGAAAUGGGCCAUCCAUUUAUUGUUAAAUUACAUUAUGCCUUCCAAACUGCAGGCAAAUUAUAUUUAAUACUGGACUUCCUUCGUGGCGGCGAUCUAUUUUCGCGACUGAGUAAAGAGGUAAUGUUUACAGAAGAAGAUGUUAAGUUUUAUUUAGCGGAGCUAGCAUUAGCUUUAGAACAUGUUCAUAAGUUGGGUAUCAUAUACAGGGAUCUUAAACCUGAAAAUAUUUUGUUAGACGCAGAUGGUCAUAUAGCUCUUACCGAUUUUGGCCUUUCAAAACUUCCUCCUAGUAGUGAUAAAGCUUACAGUUUCUGUGGCACUGUUGAAUAUAUGGCACCUGAAGUUGUUAAUAGAAAAGGACAUUCCUUUGCUGCAGAUUGGUGGUCUUUUGGAGUGCUUAUGUUUGAGAUGUUAACAGGCAAUUUGCCAUUCCAUGGUUCAACAAGGCAUGAGACAAUGACACAGAUAUUAAAAGCCAAACUUGGUAUGCCAUCAAAUUUAAGUGAAGAAGCUCAAUCAUUACUCCGUGCAUUGUUUAAACGUAAUCCACUGAAUAGAUUAGGUGCUGGCCCCAAUGGAAUUGAAGAUAUAAAAAGCCAUGAAUUCUUUACAAGUAUUGAUUGGGAUGCACUCGUUAAGAAAGAGGUGAUUCCACCAUUCCGACCGGCCGUGUCGAGAGCUGAUGACGCGUUUUACUUUGAUUCAGAGUUCACAUGUAGAACACCACGUGACUCCCCCGGAGUGCCCGCAUCGGCUAAUGCACAUGAAUUAUUCAGAGGUUUCAGUUUCGUCGCUCCAUGUUUGCUCAAUGAUGACAACAAAACCCUAGUGAAUCAAAAUGAAAAUCACACGCCACAAACAAAGACCUCAACUGAAGAAUUUUGGUCUGGUUUUGUCAAUAGAAAUAAUUUCUUUGAUGAAUACAGAUUAAUGGGUGAAUUGGGAACAGGGUCGUUUUCCGUCGUCCGUCUCUGCGAGCACAAAACAUCUAGAGUACAAUAUGCUGUUAAAAUUAUGGACAAAAUGCAAUAUGAUCCGCGUGAGGAAAUUGAAAUUCUAUUAAGAUACAGUCAACACCCGCACAUAGUGACGCUGCGCGGCGUGUACGAGGAGGGGGGCCGCAUCCUGGCGGUGACGGAGUUGUGUCGCGGCGGCGAGCUGCUGGAGUACAUCACGCAGCGCCGCCACCUGCCCGAGCACGAGGCCGCGCCGCUGCUCGCCAAUGUUCUGCAGGCCGUGCACUAUCUGCACAGGCACACUGUCGUGCACAGAGACAUAAAGCCAUCAAACAUCUUGUUCGCUCGCUGCGAGCGACGUGCUGAGGAUAUCCGGCUGGUGGACUUCGGUCUGGCGAAGCAAUUGCGCGCGGAGAAUGGUCUGCUGAUGACGCCCUGCUACACUGCCAAUUUUGUCGCCCCUGAGGUGCUCAAGCGAGCUGGAUACGAUGCCGCCUGCGAUAUAUGGAGCUUAGGCGUGCUGGCGUACAUAAUGCUGUCCGGCCGGACUCCGUUUGCUUCCACUGGCGAUGAUACUCCGGAAGCUAUUUUGGCGAGAAUCGAAUCUGGAAAGGUGGAACUAUCCGAGGGUCCGUGGCGGUCUGUGUCAGCGGAGGCGAAGGCGAGCGUGCGGCGCAUGCUGACGCUGGAGCCGGCACUGCGGCCACGUGCCGCUGACCUGCUGCGUGAGGCGUGGCUCUGCGUAGACCUCACCUUCCAAGCGAUGACGUCAUCUCCCUUGACCCCACAAGUGCUGGGCCCCGUGACGCAGUCGACGCUCGCUCAGCGCCGCAUCAAGCCCCAGCGUCGCUUCCCGCCCACACAGAUAUAAGGUAUACGAACUUACUACCAUCUUGCCCCAAAAACCCUUUAAAAUCAA